CCUUUUACUUUUCGGUGUCACUUCCGGCGUCGGACGCAAAUAGAAAAGUUGGAGGCGAAAGUUUCCACCGGAGCGGAGUGAAGGGGAGGGUCGCCGGCGUCGGAGCUCAACAUGGAAUUUGUGCUGCUCCAUUUUGGAUGAUUUCAGUGAAGUCUGUCUUACUGCUUGAGCUGGAAACGUGCACCAUAGGCCUGUGACACACUGUGAGAAAGGACCUCUCUUUAUGUCUUGUGGGUUUGAUAACCUGAAGGACCUUGUGUUAUAAUCCCAAAGAAGAGAAAUUGUGGGUCAUUUAAAAAUUGGACUUCACAAACAAAGGGUUUUGAUGGAACAUAUUGUGGCUAACUUUGAAAAGGAGAAGAAAAAAUACAUCUGCUUACGAUAGAAUAGGACAGAAAUAAAGAAAAACACAAUUGAGGCAAGAUGAGUACUUGUCGUUGGUGCACACCACAAGGCAAGACAACACUUCAGUUUCUACAUCUCUACAGUUCUGAGGAGCUCCCUCCACAGGAAUUUCAAGCUGCUAAUGAAGAUCUUUGUUUUUGCCUGGAAUGCGUGGUGGACUAUCACCAAGCACGCGAUCAACUCCCGUUAAUACACACGUAUUUGUGGAAACUAGAGACUAAACGUCUGAUCGAGCAUUUUGAAAGUGCCCUGAAAGAAGAACAGGAGGAAGAUGAUGAGUUGUUUCUAAUUGAGGAUGAGCAGGAAAUUCAACUCCAUGGGUACACGGGACCAGACUUUGAGAACAACUUAAGGGUACCCAUUCUGGAGAUUCUGAAAUACCCUUAUCUACUGCUUCAUGAACGGCUAAGUGAGUUGUUUGUUGAGGCCCUCAGUAAAAUGGAGCAAGUGAAUUUCUCCUUUCAGGCGUUUGAAAUGUAUCCUGGCAUCUAUCUGCUUCUAGUACAUCCAAAUGAAACAAUCAGGAGAUGGGCAAUCCUUGCUGCUAAAUCUCUUGGAAAGGUGGAGCGAGAUGAUUUCUAUGACUUGCAGGAAGUGAUAGCUUGUCUACUAAAGGUCAUUGAACUGGAUCUUUUUGAAAAUACAGAUUUCUAUAACAGUUAUGGAAUAGAAGAGGGAAAAUUAAUUCUUUUACCACCCCAUCUUUAUGAUGUUACCAACCACAAGAACUACUGGCUUGGUAUCUGCAUGCUGUUGAUGGUUUUGGAUGAACAAGCUAUGGACUCGUUACUACUUGCCCAAGAUAAACAGAAUGACUUCGUGAAGUCAAUUCUAAAUACCAUGAUGAAAAGUAAACCAGAUGAUGUUUCUGAUCCAUUUUGGCCAGCUCUGCAGUGCUUCAUGGUAAUUCUCGAUCGACUAGGAUCAAAAGUUUGGGGCCAACUCAUUGACCCCACAGAGGCAUUCCAGGCUAUUAUUGGUAGCCAGAGUUACAACAACGAGAUAGAAAAAAUUCGUAAUACCAGAAACAACACAAAGGUAAAGUACGAUACUGAUGAUGACAACAUGGUUUCAUGCAGCCAGAUUGUCUAUGACUACAACUCGAAAAGGGAAAGCAAGGAUCCUGGUUGGAAGAAUGCUAUCUGCCCAGAUUACUACCCGAACAUGUAUGAUGAAAUGCAAACUCUGGUGAAUGUGCUACAGUGUGAUGUUGGGCAAGAUAUGCGUGUACACAACAGUACCUUUCUGUGGUUCAUCCCAUUUGUUAACUCUGUCAUGGACCUAAAGGAUCUUGGCAUAGCCUACAUAGGAGAAGUUAUUCACCAUAUUUACUCAGAAAUAAAGGAUGUUUUGAAUCGGAAGGUGGCAUUUUGUGACAAAGUGACUGAAUUUUUCAUCCUCAUCUUGGUAUCUGUUGUAGAACUCCACAGAAAUAAAAACAAUCUUCAUUUGCUAUGGUACAGCUCGCAGAAGUGGGUGGAAGCACUGGUGAAAUGUGCCAUGCUUCCUGCCAGAGUGUUUAACCAAAACAGUGAGAAAGCUGCAGGAACGAGUAAUGUCAAGGUCACAUCAACCACGUUUGCAGCGAUGUCUUCUGCGGCAUGUUCCUGUAUCACUAGCUCAGUCCAACAAGCAUGUGUUCAACUAAUUCGUAGUUUUCUGAAAGAGGGAUGUCAGUCACAGCAAAGAAAUAUGUUCCAGCAAUUUCUUGACAAACUAAAUCGACAAUUGCGAAGCAGCUUUAUUCUAGGCUGGCAGCUAAGUCCAAAGGAGCAACAGGAAUUACAGUCCUGUUUGACACAAUUUAUUAAAAAUUCAAAAAGUAAAACCGCUGAAAUGAAACAAAUAGACACGGUUGGAAGAGGAAGUGGACUGAAGGGCCCACUGAUUAAAUGUGAAAAAGACCCAAAGGAGUGGGGGAAAAUGCCUGCAUGUUACAAUAGUGGUCCUGGUCCACCAUCUCCUUCAAUGUUAAAAUUAGACUGCAAAGGUUCAGCUAUUCCCAAAGCUAUUCCAAAUCAAGAAGAAAUGACUGAUCACAAGUCUCUAGAAAACAAACCUAAAGAAUCCUCUGAAGAAGCAGUUCUCCCAUUUAAGACUGAAUUCACCUUGUAUGAUGACAUUACUUUCCUUAAUAAGAUCAAUACUGAUUCUUCUAAUACUCAUGAAGAAGAAUUACCUACACACGUGACCAAAAUGGAAACCUCUCCUCCCCUUCGUUCCCAUUCUUUGGACGAUGUGACAGUGGAUUUCCCACAGAGUAGACAAAGACAGAUUCGAGAACAAGCUGGUGGACUUGCACCCACAUCCACUUCCAAUGUGGAUUUUAGCGCAAGUUCCCUGGAUAAAAAUAAUUUGCAGGCUGAACCUCUUGAAAUCACUCAUAGUGUUCCACGUAAAGAAAAAUGGAAACGGUCUAUGCUACUGGAGUUUCAGGAAUCUAUGAACAAGAAUUCCACAGAACCUGAAGCUGUCUCUUCUGAAAAAGAUCAGCAUGUUAUUUCUCAUGUCCCUUCAACUUCUGAUCAUGCAGAAACUGAUUGUGAUUUGCCUCAAACACUGGAAUCAGUCAGUGCUGGACCAAGUAAGUUUAAGAUUGAUCCAAGCAAACUCUUCAAUCUGAAGGUAAAGAUGCAAGCAAUCAAUCUCAAGAUGAAAGAAAUUAAUAAUUCUUCGAGUAAAGAAAGGACAUUUGAGAAAAUAGCUGAUGCAGGAGCUGACAAUAGGCAAUCAGAUAAGAUGAAUAAUAGAAACUCAAGUCACGUUCCUAAUGUCAGCAAAAAUCAAAUCACAGAUGACGAGACUACUGAAAGUUUGCUCUCCUCUCAAGUGCGUACAGCACAAUUGUCUCCAAUUUCUGACAAAAGAGCCAAGUCACAAAGUUCUGAUGAUUUAUUGUUAUCUCCUCUGCCGGAAUCUAGCAGUGCAUCCAAAUCUUCUGGUCUGUCAAACCCACUUCACGAUUGUCAUAGCAAUAGCAGUGAUAGUGAUGAUGAUAUUCCAUUCGGUUUAUUAAAGCUUAAACUUAAGAGAAGAAUUUCUUCAACUUCCAAGGUGAAUAGAAAUGAUUCCAAGGAGGAUGAAGACUUUAAGCCCUCACUAGCUGUCUCUACCAUAAGUACUAAUUUAUCCAGUGAGCUUCCCACAGAGUUACACACAAUCCAAUCACUGAACAAGGUUGAUAGGAAAGUAAAAGCUUUUUGUCAGGGACAGUUGUGCAAUUCCAUUCAGAAUAAAGAAAAUUUUGAAUCUGACUUAACAAUGAAUAAGCCCACUGAAGACAAUAAUGCAGAAUUGAUAACUAUCUCUGAUUCAGAAACAUCAAAAGAAUUUACCAGCUCAUUAAUUGUUUCUACCUCAGAAGCAGAGAAAAAAGACAAUGCCACCUCUAUUCAGUGUGUCUUUGGCGUAAUUGAGGAAAAUCAGUCAUGUUUGCAAGAAAAGUCAGUGUGUAACAAGUCCCCCCCUGUCUUCGAGAAUGAUUCCCAGUUCUUUGAAUUUGAAAGUGAAGAACAGGUAUAUUCUGUUUGGGAAGAUUCUCAGCCACAGCCACAUAACAAAAAAAAGACUCAGCUUGUUGAUGAGUUUCACAGGCAAUCUGAAGAAGAAGAAAUUAACAGUAUGCUUAAUGAAUGGGGGUAUGAUACAGAUUAUGUAUCUGAUGAAUUAAUUGAAAAGGUUGCUGAGGAGGCAGAAGCCAGUUUGAAGGGAGAGCAGAAACGAAAACGGAGUAGCCUGGACACUGAAAAGCAAUUAUCGCUUAGAGUUUCUUCUCUGAGCAGCUCUACAGCUAAAGAUACACCGAUUGACAAAAGCAAUGUUCAACAUUCUGGGUUUACUGAUGAUAUUGUCUCUAACCUUCAAAAUGAGAAAGAAAUCUGCAGUAAAACCAUAAUUAGUGGUAUAAAUAGUCUCAGAUCUCUAAUUAGAUCUGACAAAUACAAGUGGAUGUCCAAAUCUACAAAAGAAUUGCCAGAUGAUCAGCAAGGAAGCAAGCUAACUGUGAAAAAUAGAGCAGAUGGAUUUAAAAAUAAUCUUGUUUCAUCAAAAGCUAGAGCAGGAGAAAAACAAUUAUCCAAAGCCACUUCUAGUAAAGAUUCAAACAAGUCCACCCUUAAAAAACAAUCUCAGUGCAAUGGCCCAGACCAGAAAACUAGGUUUAAAAAUAAAACAAGUAAAAAUUCAAAGGAAAAAGCAUCCCUGGUGUCAUUAACUAAUAUUUGCAAAUCACUUGCCAGGGAUGUACAAAUGGAAGUUCCUUCAACUUCAGUGAAACACCAUUCUAGCUCACUUCCAAAGAAGGUGCGAAAGCGUCCUGAACCUACUUCAACCGUUGAAAAACUUGGCCUCAAAAAGAAGGUUCGUAAAGCAUUUGAUCUUUCUCAGGGCAGCCUUGAUACCUUGAACAAAUUGCGUACUUAUGGUCAAAAAAAGGGGACUAUUGAGCAUAAACACAAUAAGAAGGCAAAGCUCAUUUCACCACAGAAAUUAACAGUACGCACAAAUCAACGAUUACUGGUUUCUCAGGAUCGCCAGUACCUAAGGCAGUCUAAGCUUCAGUUAAGCAAUAAUGAGAAGAAAAGGAAAUGUACAUCUACUCAUGAUGAAAGUACUUUCCCAAAAAAAGCUGUGUCAACUGAAGGAAAUUCUAGCUUUAUUUCUGCUUCUGUACAAAGGAGUCAGAAGCCCAAAUCCGCUUCAGUGGAAACCGACAAUAUUUAUGUUGCGGCUCCUAUUUUGUUAGAAAAGAAGCAUAGUAAAACAAUAGACGUGGCCUCAACUCAGCAAAAACUGUCGAGUAUUAAUGCAGUUGAUGACUUGAAUUUAACACAGCAUGAUCCUUUAGAUAUGGAUGUUAGUACGGAUGAAAGCUUGGAUGAUAAUGAAUUAAUGUUGACGCAGAGGGAUCCCAUAGACAUGGAUAUAGAUGAUGGCAACUCGGAAGAGGAGGAUUCCAGAAGAGCACCUUUAAGUGCAAAUGAGACCAGAUGUCAAUACACAGGAUGCUCUGAUAUAAUUGUAUCUUCAGAGAAAUUUUGUAAGCAACAUUCUCUAAAUGAACCCAAAGAUAUCUUUCCUAAGCCAGAAUUACCUCCAUCUAUUUGGAAAAGCCCAAAACCUGCAACUACCAAACUGUUUGCUUCCAACUCUACUUCACGCAAUGCUCAGCUUGCUACAGAGAUGCAGUGUGUCCCAAAACGUCCAGGAGGAGCAACUUCCAAAGUUCAGCAAGUUCAAAGACCUUCAGUAGCAAACCUUGUGUCACUUGCAUCGAAACCGACUCCUAUUAUGAAGACUGUGGAAACUCCUAAUGUUCUUCGAACUCUAAAUAAAGAUAUGAAUUUCAGAGCACAGCCGAGUUUUCAAAUGUCAGCUACAGCAUUGCCGACGAAUGCACCUCUGCCACCUUGGAAAUCCAGGCAGGCUUCACCUAACGUCAACUUGGAUCUGACAGAACAUCGAAACCGUGACCAAUCUUAUCUUAUCAAUGCAGUCCUUAAGUGGGAUUAUCAGAUGUUUGACUCAUUAAGUCAAUUUGGAGUACCUGAUUCUCUCUGUGAAAUUCCACCACGCGAGGUGCCUGAAAAGUUUCGCUCAUAUGAAGAAUAUUUUCAAACUUUUUACCCUUUACUGAUGUUGAAUCUUUUUGAGCAGUUAGCUCAGAAACUGAAGGAAUCCAAGCAGACAAAUAGAAUGAUUCAUAAUUCUUUGACUUUGAAGAACUAUCGUGUGGCAGGAAAAAUAUACUGUGCAGAAUUUCAAGUUUCUCUACGUGAUCACCAGAUUGAAAAACAACUACACCCUAAAGAGGAUGAUGUUGUGUUCCUGUGGUUGCCCCAAAAUCAGAAUUACUACAUGCAAGAAGAGGGCGAAAUAAUGAAUAAUAAUCCAGUCCCACAUAUAAGCCAUAUCUCAAAGACAUCGCGUUUUUCAACUGGACGUGAUUCAUUGACAACUCUUCACCUUUCAAUCCAAACGAGAGGAAAUGUUAGUGCAGUGAAAAACCAGCCAGUGAGGUGUGAUGUAAUUGGUUCCCUUGUGACCACCUUGAGGCAGUUCAAAGGAUUGCUUUUUCUAGCCAAAACGCCUCUGAUCAGGCCAAUUCUUUCAGCGAAUUCUAUAUAUUUUAUUCAAAAAGGUUUUGUGGAACGUCCAAAAUUGGACAAUACUGAUGAUUACAAUGAACAUCAGCAGAAAGCUAUUCACACGGCUUAUGCGAUGGUGAAACAAUCAAGAAUUCCCAAUAUCUGUCUCAUACAGGGACCUCCUGGAACAGGAAAAUCAAAAACAAUCGUUGGUUUCCUGCAUCGUUUGCUCAAUGAGGAACAAGAGAAUGUGAAACCAUCUGACAGCAGGAACUUAAGAUCUAAACGAACCAGGAUUCUUGUGUGUGCACCAUCAAAUGCAGCUAUUGAUGAUCUCAUGAAAAAAAUCAUUGUUGAUUUUAAGUCAAAGUGCAAAGAUAAGAAUAACGCAUUAGGCAACUGUGGGGAUGUGAACCUGGUAAGACUAGGCUGUGAGAAAGCUAUCCACUCAGAUGUAAUGAAGUUCAGUUUGGAUUACCAAGUGAAUCAUAGGAUCAAGAGGGGUCAAUAUGAUGCUGAUCAGAGGCGAAAGGAUUGGUUGGACCGGAAGCUAGAUGAACUGGGGAAGAGAUGCGCCAUCAUCAAAAAAGACAAGGAACAGAUUGAAGUGGCAACACGAGAAAAGAGACAAUUGGAGAAAGAGAGGGAGGAACUUGGACGCAAACUGAAGGAGCUUCGAGGACAAACCCAGGACAUGCAACUAAACAUUAUUCUGGAAGCACACAUCAUCUGCUGCACUUUGAGUACCUGUGGGAUUAUGCUUUUGGAGAUGUCAUUCCGAAAACUGGGACAUGAACCAUUUAGUUGUAUUGUUGUGGAUGAGGCUGGGCAGGCAUGCGAAACAGAAAUACUGAUUCCUUUGAUAUAUCGCUGUCCUAAACUUGUUCUUGUUGGAGACCAUGAACAAUUGCCACCAACCAUAAUCUCCAUGAAAGCAAAGGAGUUGCGCUAUGGCCGAUCAAUGAUGUGUCGGUUGCAAAAGUCCCUGCAGAAUGAAGUGAAGCAGAUUAAUUCUGGAUGGAGCCCAGUAAUCAUGCUAUUAACUCAGUACAGGAUGCAUCCUGACAUCUGCCAUUUUCCCUCCAAGUACAUCUAUAGAAGUUUGUUGAAGACCGAUGAGAAGACAGAGAUGCAACGUUGUUCUCUGACCUGGCCUUUCCAGUCAUACAUGUUGUUUGAUGUGACGGAUGGAUAUGAAUGCCGGGAGAAUGAUUCUUACACCAACGCACAGGAAGUGAAACUGGUAAUAGCUUUGAUCAGUAUGAUUGCAGAGAAACAAAAAGGCGUUUGUCGUAAUAUUGGAGUAAUUACCCCCUAUAAUGCACAGAAACAGAAAAUCCUGAAUCAGAUUGAUCAAGAGUUGAGAACUGCUGGCCUUGAACAAGGCAGGACAGUGCAGGUGGGCACAGUGGAUGGAUUUCAAGGCUGCGAGAAGGACUGCAUCAUUGUUACCUGUGUCAGAGCAAGCAAUUUUCAAGGAUCUAUUGGAUUCUUAGCAGACCGGCAGAGACUGAAUGUUACAAUUACUCGAGCUCGUCUGAGUCUCUUCAUUCUGGGAAAUCUGAAAACACUCCUGGAAAAUAAAGAUUGGAAAGCUUUGAUUCAGGAUGCACAGAAAAGAGGAGCUAUAGUGAAAACAAGUGAAAGUGAUUAUAAGAAAGACUGCCAAAAAAUAUUGAAACCCAGGUCUGCUGUCCAGAGAAGUAUUUCUGAUCCAGAUGCAUUAACGGGUGAACAGAAACAAGUUCCUGAUCUUGCAUGGAAAAGCUCAUGGAAUGAAACUAGUAUGCAUUCAGCAGCUGAUGUCAGCAGUGGGCAAUUUCCAAAAACACUGAUUCCUUCUCAAUCAGUUUCAAAACAUCAUUUGCAUAAUGCUCAAUCAUCUGUUACUGCACAACCUGAGAUAUCAGUUAGGUCAGAGCUGUCUGCUCAGGAUAAACCGAGGGAUCCAAGACUGGCCCGAAGAGCUUUGCUCAAAGAAACUCAGCCACAAUUAAAAGUCACUCGUACUUUUUCUGAGUCACGUGUAGUAAUUUCACCAGAUUCCUCUGCAUCUGGUGGUGGGCAUGGGGCUAUUCAUUCUUCAAACGUUAGUCAGCCUCCUAGAAAUUCUCUUUGCAGGAUUGAUGUUGAUAAACCUUAUCCUUCUCCUCUGAACAGAAGUUUGACCUUUCCUUCUGGAUCUAGAAAUGAUCAGAAUACAGUCUACAAUGUCAGCAAUUGUGCAGGUUCCUGGAAGCAACAACAGGAUGAAAAGGCAAAAGGAGAUAGGCCUGGAGAACAGAAACAGAGAUACAAAUGAAAAGAUUGAGUUAAGAAGUUUUCUCUUAAUACGUUUGAUUUUUUGAUGUCAGACAGAGCUGAUGCAGUGUUUCCAACUUACAGAAGCAGCGGAUAAUAUAUAAAUGGUAAAAUUGUUUUGUAGGCUUUUAUUGUUUGAUUGGUGAAUGGUUUGUUUUUGUUGUUAUAUUGAAAAUAAGUUGCACUACUUUUAUUUUCUAUUGUCAAAUGUUCUCCCAUUUUCCCAAUUUACCUGACUUGGGGGCAGGCAGGUUACCUGCUUCCACUCCAUUUGACUGUAUGCCACAUGAAUAUGUACAAAAAGAAACAGCAAGUGAGAAACGCUGCCUGUACAGAAAAACAAAUUUAUUUGAUGCAAUUCCCUGGCUGCUUUCCUUGUGCCUUCUCUGGAUGACAUAGCCAAGAAUCUACCUGUUUAGGAAUUUUUCUACCACUUGCACUGAAAUACAGUAUCACCAUGUUGUGCUAUUCAUCACUAGUGUUUAAGUACUUUUGACAAAUGUAGAAAAUACACUAUCUCACUUAAUCAAAAAGUUUGAAAUGUCAUCCCUUCUUAGUAUGGAUCAUGGUGUCUAAAAUCAAUCCCUAAACCAUGUUUAUCAACCACCUUUAUUUUAUAAAGUCUAAAGUAGUACAUUUUCCCUGAAUUCUACAGCAUUUACCAGGAGUUUGAAAAGGAAUAGUAAGACAGGAAUUUAUGUUUUGACCAUUUCACAUACAUACUUUGACAAAAAUAGAUUUUAACAGUUGUGAAGAAGCCGCAAUCACUGUAGUUUAGUCCUUGAAACAAUUCAGCUGUGACUCGUUAACAAAUUUUCUGUACAGAAAUUAUUUCUGGCCAUUGUGUGCGUGUCUUGUACUAAAUUUUGUUUGACAUUGCCUUUCCAUUUUGCAUUUUAUUUACAGUGACAUAUGGAAAAAAAUAUAAGCAUAAAUGAGGAUGGUGGACAUAUUAGGGAGUCUUCCAGAUAGUAUAACUAAAAACAGUUUGCACCAGUUAGUUGGUUAAUAUCAUCUUUAGUUCAUAAGUUCAUAGCACUGGGUAAUUUCAUUUAGAAUUAUAUGUAUAUAAUUAUCACAAAAUUCGGUGUCUUAAUUACAGCAGAAUAGUAAGAUGCCAGUGUCUGUAGGUAAAGUUAAAAAAAAAUCAUAAUGCCUCAUGGAUUUGCCCAGUGGGUUUUAUGGAAAUGUAAUUACUGUACAGUGGCUGCUUAUGUAUACAUUUCUUGUUGUAUCGAUAUUGCUGUAGUCUCCUGUGCUCCCUGAAAAGGCUUGUCAUCUGCAGCAUCCCUUCUGAAAGUUCAUGCUGCUGAGUCACUAUUAUAAGUUGCCAGGCUUGCUGGUUUUAGACAAUGAACAAGUCAGAAUUUGAAUUCUUGGACAUUGUAUAAAGGAGAUCUGUGUUUGAAUUUGCAGUUAAGAUAGUUGUAAUCCCCCACUACCCAAUGCUUAGUACUCUACUCUGUCACUAGAGUAAUGCAAACAGUAAAAUAAGUUGACUAUUUUCUUUAGUACAUAAUAAAAUUGAUUUUUUUACAAAA